AUGCAGUCUGGAGAACCAGGCCCCGAGGUCGGAUUCCAUGCCUUUCGAUUAGCCGUGUUCGCAAUUCCUCCAGCUCGAUCAGUGUCUGUCGCACUUCAAGCAGCGUUCCGCGACCCGUCAUCUCCAUUUCACAUACCGCCUGGUUCUACAGGUCCCGAGUCUCCCGACUCGCCACCAACUCAAGCCCGUUUGACCACUCUGGCAUCUUCGGAAUCUAAAAGUGAUUAUCCUGAUCUGCUCACAGAAGGAUACGAAAAACUCCGCCGCGGGGGCUUCGAUCCAGAAUCAUUUUGGGAACAACGGAUUGUUUGGGGUGACCAUGAUUCAUUCCAGCAUGUAAACAACGUACGAUAUGUCCGUUUCUUCGAGUCAGCCCGUAUACAGUGGCUAAUGUCCCUUGGUAAAGAAAUUGGAGGACCUGAAAAGGCCAAAGCAAUGAUCAAUGGCCAAGGGAUUUCAUUAAUACUCAAAUCCAUCGAAGUGAAAUUUAGGCGGCCAGUGACCUAUCCCGACAGUCUUUUGAUCGGGUACCGUCCCUUGUCAUUGUCCAGUGGGGAGGAUCCAUCUACAUUCCAUGUGACUGCAUCUGCAUAUUCUGUUGCUCAGGGAGCAUACGUGGCUCACUCAAAGGAAGCACUCGUGUGGUAUGAUUAUGACAUUCUCAAGAAGUGUGAUCCAGGGGAGAGGGCCAUAAAUGUUCUGAGAGGUCGAAUGACUAAAAACUAG